AACACUCUAUAAAGCACAGGCAGAAACAUUAGAGUAUGCAACUUUCAGGUUUCACCAAGCACUCUGCUAGCUAGGAUGGCAAGUUUUGAGAAGGAAUUAAAGAGAACAGACGAAGGUUCCAUGUUGGUAAUCCCAACUCGAUUCGCCAGGAAUCACAUGCGACGGGUUGAAGGAGGACGCUCUGAAAAUAUAACAGUCGUGGAUGUGGGUGGAAGUGCGUGGAAGUUCGGCUACUACGUCCGACGACACCGCAAUCCACGUCCCGUUUUGAGAUCUGGGUGGCGCCGCUAUGUCUUCGAGAAAGGAUUGAAAGUUGGAGACAGAAUCAUAUUUGAGCGUGUAGAUGGUUUCCCGGAGCUUUACAGGAUUGGAGCAAGAAGAAGGAUCAAGCUGUUCGGUAAGGAGGUGUGGACUGACGUAUUCUAAAACAUUUCAAGUGUAUGUAUGCAUAUUUGAUUUCUAAGGAUUACCGUUUUUACAUUUGGUCGUGUGUUGUGUUUUCGCUAUGUUGUUUUUGUUAUUCCACAUCGUUGUGUUUAAUUUUACAUUUGGUCGUGUGUUUUCUUUUCGCUAUGUUGUUUUUGCUGUUCCACUUAAUUGUGUUGAAUUUUGCACCAUAAGAAAAGUGAUGUUUGGGG